AGGAGAAGGAGAGGAGGAGGAGGAAAAAAAAAAGGAGGAGGAGAGAGAGAGGAGGAGGAGAGCUGAUAUUGCUGGAGCUGCUGGGCGGCCGCUGGCGGCGCUGGAGAGGACGGCAGCCAGCAGAAGCAGCAGCCGCCGCCGCCGCCGCCGUGGCGCUAGAGCGAAGAUGAAGCCGGCGGGGACUCGAGGCGCCCCCGCGGCCGAAGCAGGAGGAGGAGGAGGGAAGGCGGCCGAGUUGGCGCCGAUCUCCUCCGCCACCGCCGCCUCUGCCUCCUGCCCGGCAGGGGAGAAAGUGGUGCACUCCCGCUCGCAGGUGCUCUUCUGCAGCAGCAGCGGCACCCAAGCUCUGGGCGACGCCUUGAAGCUGCUGGUGCCCCGCUCGACGGCCUUCAUGAGCUCGGAGGCCGAGCUGUGGGACUUCCUCUGCAGCCUGCGGCACGAGUUUUCGCCGGUCAUCCUCCGCAGCAAGGACGUCUACGGCUACGCCUCGUGCCGGGCCGUCGUGCCGGAUCUUCCCGGGGCUUGGGCGCAGGAGAAGGAGGACGGGGAGAAAGAGGAGGAGGGCCGGGCGGGCAGCAGCAGCAGAAGCAGCAGCCGGAGAGGAGGAGGAGGAGGAGGAACCGCCGCCAACCAGGGGAAGCGCCCGCCGAGCGACGCCAAGAGCCGCCGGGGUGGAGGAGGAAGCAGCGCCAAGCGAGCGGCCAAGAAGCAGCGCAGCAGCCACGACGGGCGCGACCCGAUGCUCUGGGCCCCGGCCCGAUGGACUCCUUCGCAGGGCAGCAGCCCGGAGCCGCUUCCCGAUCCGCUUCCUCCGAUCCUGGCCGCCUUCCCUCCUCCGGUCAAGGUGCGCGGCGACAUCUGGAAGCGGCGCACCUUGGAAGCCGCCCGGCGCCGCGCGCAACGCCUCUUGCGGGUCGACCUGGCGCCCGUGGUGAGGUUGCGCCGGAUCCCGCUGGGACCCACCUGCCGUUGACAAAGAGACAGCAGAGGAUCUCGUCUCGUCUGCCCAGGGAGACCCCCUCCUUCAGAAGAACUUUGGAGACCCGUGUCCGGCCGCCUUGUUUACAGUCCCCUGUGUUUUGGGGGGGCGGGGGGGGGGGCGCCUGGACGGCGGGGUCGUUUUUUUUAAUUUUCCAUUAUUAUUAUUAUUAUUUUAAAUACACGCCGGGCGCUGCACUUUAAAAUGGCCAAGAUAUGGAUUGGCCUCCCCCUCCCUCCCUCAUCGUGGUUUGUUUCGAGCCAGGAAAAAAAAAACUGGGAUUCGGCUCGUCUGGAACGCAUGGAGGGGGAAGAGAAAAGGAAAGAAGGUCAAGUUGCUGGAAGCCUUUGACUCUUUCUUUUCUUUCCUUUCUUCCUUUCCUUCCUUCCUUCCUUCCCUCCUUUCUUCCCUUCCCUCCUUUCUUCCCUUCCCUCCUUUCUUUCCUUCCCUCCCUUUUUUUCCUCCCUUUCUUUCUCUUUCCUUCCUUCCCUCCCUCCCUUUCUUUCUUUCUGUCUUUCCCACUGGGCUACCUCGCUUUUCCAAGAAGCACCGUUAACUUUCUCUUUCUUCCAAAGAAUUUUUGCUUGCCCAGCAGCAAUAAAAAUGCCAAUCCAGGAUGGUUGCUUUUUUCCCCCUUCUUAUCUUCCCCCUUCUUCUUUUCCUGUGACUGGGAUGAAUCUGACCUUUGUACUAUAUUGCACUAUAUACUCAGGGUUAUUGGAAUAGGCGAAGAAGAGUUUUCCAGUUUUGUGUGUGUGAGGGGAUGAUAAUGAUGACGCAUCAGCUUUUGACCAAGGAGAAAUGGAAACUUAAAAAAAGACAGAUCCUGUAGUGCAAAAUAUUUCACACUGUUUCCACCCCACCUUCCACACCCCCCCAUUUUUAUUAUUUUUGUAAUUUGGACUUGAUAAGACACCGUUUUGAUAUGGUAACGUGAUUUGUAGCUGAUGAAAAGUUUUACAUAGUUGGAAUGAACUAGGGUUUCCUGUAACUGGCUUCAAGGGACGCGUUGAUAUUAGAUACACACUCAAUUUUAUAUUGAUAUUUUUUUUUUGCUUUAGAGAAGUUCAUAUGGA